AUGUCGGGUCCGUGUUGCAAGCAAACGAGACUUCAAUUUAAGAUUAAAAAAGGCGCAAAAUCAUCUCAAAGUGACACUUUUAAACAAUUCAACAACAAGGAAUAUUUUAGUGCAAACUGCCAGGGUGUUGAAAAAUCUAGUGUCAAUUUAAAACGUAGCUAUGCUGCAAAAUGUGAAUGUCCAACCAAUGGUUUUAGUCACCAAGACGAAAACCAGAAAAACCAAAAGUCGACUGGUUAUUCUCCUCCCGAGGCUAGUAUGGAAGUUGCAGAUAGACCCAGGAGAAACUUGAAUUACAAAAAGGUAAUUCUCUUGUCAAUUGCUCGCACCAUAUGUAUACCAUACUGCCUCUAUAUGUUACAUUAUUAA